AUGUAUGACAACUACAAGGAAGACUGUACUGUAUGGUGUGUAGCCGUACACACCCUAACUCCUGGAUAUGGCAGGUUUCUGUGGUCUCAAGAUCCUGCUGCUCUGGGCCGGGAUCAUCAGUUUAGCCCACUGUCAAGGAUCUCCAACUCCAAAAGAUGUUUCAACCCUCUUACCUCCAAACACCACCACAAUUUCCACUUUACCUUCGAUGACCAGCUUAUCUGUCACCGCCUCAACUCCACGCAAAGUGACAGCAGCUCCUGUCACGCCUUCAAACACCUCAACAACUGCCCACAAACCUCCACUCACCGCACCAACCCUCACCUCAAACUCCCCAAAUCCAGAGCCCAGUUCAGCCCUCAUGACUGCCACCACUGCUCCUCCUGCAAGCACCUCUCUAUCACCCUCACCCACAACCAGCAAGCAAAUAAAUUCUCAGAAUACCACCACUCAAAUCCAGACUUCACCUCCAAACACCACGCCCAACAUGACCAUGACUCCUACAACCAAAGGUUUGAUUUUUCUCCUUACAUGCCCUCCACUUGUCUUGUUGAGGACUGCGAUAAGUACCCCUCCCCUCCACCUCCAGAGUGUUUUUACAAUGUCACAGCCAUCCAGUUUGGCUUCCAGGUUGACAUUUUGAACUUUACCCCCGCCAACUACAACGUCACCGUUAAAGAAGAGGGCCGACCAGGCAAACCCAUCGUUCAGUCCUUCAAUCAAAAAUCACAUAAAAUCCCAUAUCUGAAGCCCUGUACUGAAUAUGAGCUCAAUGUGACAUUCAUCGAUAACGCUGGCAAAGCAACACCCUGUAAACACAUUGAAAAUAGAACUAUGACACUGACACUGAAUAUGAAUCAAACUGAAGUUGAAGAAGGCAGCUGCAUGCCUGGAUAUGUUUGUUACCGGAGUAACUGGGACAUCAGCUCUUCACUCUCAACAAAAAAUUAUAUUCCAGCUAUGCCAUGCAAAAGCAACAAUACAGAGUUCUGCAUCAAACCUGGUUACAAUGACAUAUGCACAAAUUUAACUACAAGCUUCACUUCAGGAAAGUGUGGGGCUUUCUUUCACCUCACCAAAGACAUCACUGUUGAUUUCUUAGAUCCAAAGGAAAUAACUCAGACAGUUCCAACUGAACUUCCUGCAAAAAUUGAACCAAAUUUACCUCCAAACUGCAGCAAUCUCACCAUUGAUUACACCUGUCAGGAAACCAGUAAACUCAAUAACACCAAGAAACUGUCUGAUCUGGAGCCCUUCACAGACUACAGCUGUACUGGUCAGAUCAAGAAAAACAAUGUCCCCGUAAAAAACACGACUGCUGUCAAAGUCAGGAUUGACUGUGAUCUUACAAUAAGCUUCACACAGAAAACUGCCACCAACACCUCCAUUCAGUUGAGAUGGGACACGACCAGUAGGAAGUGUGGAGCUGUCCUUCCUGAUCUUAAGAAGCUUUCUUAUGCCUGCAGUUGUAGCCCUCACUACAAUCAGAAACAAAAUAUUCCAGCUAACGUGAAACCGCCAGGAGGAGCAUGUAUUAUUGAAGGACUGGAACCAUUUACCACCUAUAACUGUGACGUCCAAACCAAAUACAACGACAAGACAGUUAACCAAACAACUAGAGUUAUCCACAAAACUGAGGCGGGAAUACCAGAAGCUAUCACUUCACUGAAGGUGAAUCAUCCAGAACAUAACGUGAUAAGAGUAACUUGUUCUUAUGGAAAACGUUGGAAUGGGCCUGAGAAGACAUACACUGCACGUCUUUAUAACGGUGGUGUCAAGACUAAUGAGCUUGAAAACGGAAAGUGCGAUUUUGAAUUCAAAGAUCUAAGCUACUCAACAGAAUAUAGACUGGAGGUGACUGCUUUUAAUGGAUAUCAUCGGAGCGAGCCCAAGAAAGACACUGUUUUCACUUCCUAUAAUGACAAAGCUGUCAUUGGGUUUCGGGUUUCCCUUAUCAUCCUUACAUCUGUGGCUCUGCUUUUGGUCGUCUACAAGAUUUACAUUCUGAAGCACAGAAAGUCCCAUAACUUGGGUGAAGACAUGAUGCUUAUUUCUACAGCAAAUGACGAGGAGAACCUGCUGCCUGUUGAGCCGAUUGCAGCAGAGGUCCUGCUGGAAGCCUACAAGAGGAAGCUCGCUGAUGAGGGAAGACUUUUCCUGGCAGAGUUUCAGAGCAUCCCCAGAAUCUUCUCGAGGUACACCGUGAAAGAGGCCAAGAAGGCCUGUAAUGUCCCCAAGAACCGCUACGUGGACAUCCUGCCAUAUGAUUAUAACCGUGUCCAGAUGACCACCGGAAAUGGAGAGGCAGGAUGUGACUACAUCAAUGCCAGCUUCAUUGAUGGGUUCAAGGAAUCCAAAAAGUACAUUGCAGCUCAAGGGCCGAAGGAGGAGACUGUGAGUGACUUCUGGAGGAUGGUCUGGGAGCAACAGUCCUCCAUCAUUGUCAUGGUAACACGCUGUGAAGAGGGAAACAGGGUCAAGUGUGCGCAGUACUGGCCGUCUCCAGACCGGGAGACAGAGAUCUUUGAGGAGUUUAUAGUGAAGCUGAACUCAGAGGACCACUGUCCGGAUUACACCAUCCGCCAUCUCAGCCUAACUAAUAAGAGGGAGAAGAACUCAGAGAGGGAGGUGACCCACAUCCAGUUCAUGAGCUGGCCGGACCACGGCGUCCCCGGGGAGCCACAUCUCCUCCUGAAACUGAGAAGGCGUGUCAAUGCUUUCAAGAAUUUCUUCAGCGGCCCCAUCGUCGUUCACUGCAGCGCGGGAGUCGGCAGGACAGGCACCUACAUUGGCAUCGAUGCCAUGAUGGAGGGUCUGGAGGCGGAGGGCAGAGUGGACAUCUACGGCUACGUAGUUAGACUCCGCAGACAGAGAUGUCUAAUGGUUCAAGUCGAGGCCCAGUACAUCCUGAUUCACCAGGCGCUGCUGGAGCACAAUCAGUUCGGAGAGACUGAGAUCACUGUGUCUGAGCUCCACAGCACACUGAGCACGCUAAAACAGAAAAACUCAGGAAAUGAACCCACCUUAAUGGAGGAUGAGUUUGAGAGACUCCCCAUCUAUAAAAACUGGAGGACAAUCAACACAGGGAUCACAGACGAGAACAAGAAGAAGAAUCGCUCUUCAUCUGUCAUCCCAUAUGACUACAACCGAGUGCUGCUGAAGCUUGAUGAAGGACGCAGUCAUGACAGUGACCCCAGUGAGGAAGAUGAAGAAGAGUCAUCAGAUGAGGAGAAUGAGGAGUCCACUAAAUACAUCAAUGCAUCCCACAUAGAUGGAUACUGGGGCCCUCGCGCCUUCCUCACAGCACAGACUCCACUGCCAGACACCAUGGCUGACUUCUGGUCGAUGGUUUGCCAGAAGAAAGCAUCUACUAUUGUCAUGCUCUCAGACUGCAGUGAGGGAGAUAAGGAGUCUGACUGUGUCUACUGGGACAAAGACAAGAAAACAUUUGGGGAAUAUGAGGUGGAACUGGCAAGCACAGACACCUCCCCAACGUUCAUCAGCCGCAACAUGCUGAUCCGUCACGUUAAGAGGAAAGAAAGUCGGCCAGUGAAACAGUUCCAGUUUUUGAAGUGGGCGAGCGGCGACCUGCCGGAGAAAGCUCAAGAUCUCACGGACAUGAUCAAGGACAUCAAGAACAGCUGUGGCAGCAAAUCACAGAGGAGCUUGCCCAUUGUGGUCCACUGCAAUGAUGGCUCGUCCCGUUCAGGGAUUUUCUGUGCACUGUGGAACCUGCUGGACAGCGCUGAGACUGAGAAGCUGAUGGAUGUUUUCCAGGUGGCCAAAACCCUACGCAAGGAGAGACAAGGCAUGCUCUCCAACCUGGAGCAGUACCAGUUCUUGUACGACGCCCUGGAGGGGGUCUUCCCUGUCCAGAACGGGGAAGUGAAAGCAGUACAGGCCUCUGCAGGCGACUCCGUCCAGAUUGUCAACGAAACCAAAGCAGGGGAGAAGGUUGAGCAGCCAGCCAGCACUACCAGCAACAACCAGCAGGGGGAAGCAGAGAGCACUCCUCUUGUUGCUGAUGGAGGGAAGGAAGACAAAAAAGAGGAGCCUGAAACUGAGACAGCACCACUGGAGGACACCAGCAAUGAUGCCACUGUCACUGUGGAGGUCUGAGAGGGCUGGCUGGCUGGUGGUUGUGCCUUUUACUUUUGGGAAUAAGCGCUUUAGUUGAAUGCUUUCUUUUAAUUACUUUACAGUAUGAAUGUAUGCACAUUGUAAAGCUUUUACACUGUUAUUUGUUGAGAUUUGUUGAAGAAUUUGAUCAAAUAUUUUGUUAAUUUCCAAAAUUAUGAUUUUUCUAAGUUAUAAAUAUUUUUAGUAGGAAAAGUGUAAGAGUGCAAAUAAGUUCUGUGAUUAAUGUUUACUGGAAAUGCUGUCGUCAAACUAAGGGCCAUGGUGAGAAAGUUUAAAUUAUACCUAAAUAAGUGCAUGUUGAGUUUGAGUUAGUUUCUAAAUUUUUCCCCCUUAAAUAAAAAUAUUUUAUUGUCUACAGUUAAACAUACACACACACAUUUAUUUCAGUAAGUUUUAAAAUGUGUCAUGUGACACUGGGUCAUUUCAUUAAAAGACACUUACAAAAAGAGUGUUAUUUAUGUUGAUUAUAUGCAUAUUAACAAUAAAGUUUCAUUUUUUUCUGCA